AUGUCACAGUGGACUUCUAUCACCAUCGGGCCUGCGACAGAAACAGAGAUUGCUCCUUGCUCCCAACUUGCAAUAGCACGCCCCGACAAGGAUGACCAGUUGCUCCGACUAUUCUAUCAGCAGAAGUGUGAUGCUGGCAGCAAGGAUGGGGGUCCGCUACGUGAGAUCAGGUAUGACGCAAAUGAUCAGGUGUGGACAAUUCAAGAUAAUGCAAUUAUCGAUGAUGCCAUAGAGGACACUCGCCUUUCUGCCGUGUCCGAUAAGCUCAAGCAAGAUGUGCGACUCUAUUAUCAAGGCACUGAUAUGCAGCUCCGUGAGAUAGCGCCCAUCUCUGCAGUCUGCUGGCGAUCCGGUCAAUCUAAACUCCAGAUCCGUGUUUUUACAGUUCUUGCUACGAAAGAGAAGACGAUAUCGCAAAUGUCCUACAAUCACCCGGACUGGAAGACGCUCUCUAGUCCUGCUGUGAGGUUUCAAGAAGGCUCAGGGGUGGGGUCAUGCCGCGAUACAGCGAAUAGUAACGCUGACAACGCUCCAAUCUGCGUCUUCUAUCAGCCUGGCUCACGGGUCAUCGAGCUGACGGCUGUGUCAGCUGAUGAUUCUACUACCAGUAAACAAUUGGCAAGUGACAUCCCACAUCCAGUUGGAAUCCCAACUUCGCUCAGUGGACCGUAUACAUCGUCAGAGGAAUCUCGAGAGCACAGCAUUGAUAAGUCAGCCGAGACUUCUGGGCCAUCAUCCACCGGCGAUCCUGCUAUGGCUGCGAAAAUUGAGCGGCUUGAGCAGGAAGUCCAGAAGCUCUAUGUGAGUUUAGCAACGGCUGAGUCAGACGUCGACCACUUGCAAGCUCGGAUCAAUAAUAUAGAGAAGGAAAAGUCUGCUGUGAAUGAUGAAAAUCUUUCGCUUCACAAGGAGACAGAACUUUUACGGUCCGAAAUCCAAACAUUGAAGGAGCAAAAUACUGACGGGGCGCAUUGGAAGAGCAUGUAUGAGUCUCUGCGCAGUUCGUCCCGGGAAGAACUGGGCAAGCUAGCUUCGCUUACUCCGUUACACUCUACCGACAUAUCGAAAAUAUAUGAAACGAUGAAAACUUAUCGUACUUUGGCUAUGGACGGCUGGGCACUUAAGGCCUACACGUAUAGAAGAGGCCGGGGUAGUGAGACCUACCAUUAUUUCCUGCGGAAUGAAAGCGACUGGCCAGAGAUCAAGAAUCAAUAUAUUGCCUUGUUUGGUGAUGACCAAACCGAUUGGCCGCAAUGGUUUCGGGGGUAGUCUACGGGCCCAUAUCUGGACUGUUCUCACACGGACUGUGAAAGCAAUCUAGGGCCAUUGCGAUUUGAAGAGGCCACUGCUGCCAAGAGUAAUCUUGAAGGCAAUUCCUGUCAAAUACUUGCUGUAGUGAGCCACCGCUCUAAAG